AUGGCAGCACUGAUGCCAGGUUCGCCUGUUGAUUUGCCGGAUGCGUCCGUUGAUAUGCCAGGUUCGCCUGUUGACUUGCCGGAUAAGUCCGUUGAUUUGCCAGGUUCGCCUGUUGAUUUACCGGAUACAUCGUCCGUUGAUAUGCCAGGUUCGCCUGUUGAUUUACCGGAUACGUUGUCCGUUGAUAUGCCAGGUUUGCCUGUUGAUUUACCGGAUACGUCGUCCGUUGAUUUUCCAGGUUCUCCUGUUGAUUUACCGGAUACGUCGUCCGUUGAUAUACCAGGUUCGCCUGUUGAUUUACCGGAUACGUCGUCCGUUGAUUUUCCAGGUUCUCCUGUUGAUUUACCGGAUACGUUGUCCGUUGAUAUACCAGAUUCACCUGUUGAUUUGCCGGAUACGUCGUCCGUUGAUAUACCAGGUUCGCCUGUUGAUUUGCCGGAUACGUCCGUUUUUCCAGGUUCGCCUGUUGAUUUACCGGAUACAUCGUCCGUUGACAUGCCAGGUUCGCCUGUUGAUUUACCGGAUACGUCGUCCGUUGAUAUACCAGGUUCGCCUGUUGAUCUGCCGGAUACGUCCGUUGAUUUUCCAGGUUCUCCUGUUGAUUUACCGGAUACGUUGUCCGUUGAUAUACCAGGUUCGCCUGUUGAUUUACCGGAUACGUCCGUUGAUUUUCCAGGUUCGCCUGUUGACUUGCCGGAUAAGUCCGUUGAUUUGCCAGGUUCGCCUGUUGAUUUACCGGAUACAUCGUCCGUUGAUAUGCCAGGUUCGCCUGUUGAUUUGCCGGAUACGUCCGUUGAUAUGCCAGGUUCGCCUGUUGACUUGCCGGAUAAGUCCGUUGAUUUGCCAGGUUCGCCUGUUGAUUUACCGGAUACAUCGUCCGAUGAUAUGCCAGGUUCGCCUGUUGAUUUACCGGAUACGUUGUCCGUUGAUAUGCCAGGUUUGCCUGUUGAUUUACCGGAUACGUCGUCCGUUGAUUUUCCAGGUUCUCCUGUUGAUUUACCGGAUACGUCGUCCGUUGAUAUACCAGGUUCGCCUGUUGAUUUGCCGGAUACGUCCGUUGAUUUGCCAGGUUCUCCUGUUGAUUUACCGGAUACGUUGUCCGUUGAUAUACCAGAUUCGCCUGUUGAUUUGCCGGAUACGUCGUCCGUUGAUAUACCAGGUUCGCCUGUUGAUUAG